AUGAUGCCGAUAUUCACUCGACAUGCCAUGCUACAAUCUUGGGCUCAGCGAGGUAAGCCAGAGACAGGUAGGACGUUACUCAUAACUUUGAGCAGGUGCUUGAGAGAGCGUUUUUUUGCGGCCAUCAUACCACGACUAUUCUUGACAGCCUUUCGCUACUACCAGCCGAUCCUCAAACAACAAUCCAUUAGAUAUGUCAAAACGAGCCUGACAGACGACAAGCAAAAUGUUGGCACCUGGCUGAUCUUGUUCGCUGUAACAUACCCUGGACUUGCGAUAUCGACCGCCGUCUACCACGGUCGUCUCAACAGACUGAGACUGAUGACCAACAGUGCCCUGGUAGGACGAGUUCACGACAAAGUGCUCACGACACCAGGCACUACUUGCGACGACGGCGAGGUCACCACACUGAUAAAUACCGACAUAGAGAUCCUGGUAACCAUCGGGGAGAUGGAGCGACAGCCUCGAUGUUGGGUCCAUGAGACGAUGAAAAUGCUCGGCUUUCAGUCCAGCAUGAGCCAUCGCAUCACUGAGCUUCGUGAAGCAGAGCUGCUUGCCGCUUCCAAACUUCGAUGGGUCAUGGUCUACUACGAUGCAUCUGCGAAUGCUUUGGGAAUAUUCUCGCCAGCCAUCACCCUCAUCAUCUACGCGAUGGUCACCAAGAUGCGUGGAGACCAUUUGAACAUGGCCGCUGCAUCCUCGACCACUGCUAUUCUAAGCAUGAUCACUCAUCCGGUCAACAUGAUCAUGACCAUUCUGCCUCGAACCAUAGCCGCCCUCGCAGGAUUUGACAGAGUGCAAUCAUUCCUCCUCAAGCCACGCCUAUACGAUCAUCGACGAGAUCUGCAGAAGGAUGACAGUUCGGCUGCAGUCAUUGCCCUCCAGCAGGUGGACAUUGGCCGAGACACGGUCAUACUGCACGACUUGAAUUUUCAAGUAGCAGCUGGGCAAUUAGCAGUCAUCUCUGGGCCCACAAGCAGUGGAAAGACAUCUCUGCUGCGAGCUAUCCUUGGCAGUGAGGAGUCCCUCUCAGGCACUAUCAGCACUUCCACAAAGACGAUGGCGUACUGCGCUCAACAGCCUUGGUUGCCCAAUGGCACAAUUCGAAAUGCCAUAUAUGGAUGCACUGAAGUUCGGGAUUCGAGGUCAGAAGCAUGGUAUGAUACUGUUACCACAGCGUGUUGUCUCGAGCACGACUUUGUCGCACUUCCACGCGGAGACAAGACAUCAGUUGGCAGUAGAGGGCUCGACUUAUCUGGAGGUCAAAGACAGAGAGUGGCCCUCGCCAGAGCAAUUUUCGCAGAAUGUGGUGUGCUUUUGCUGGACGACUGUUUCAGCGGCUUGGACGGCGGGACUGAGCAGACGGUGUAUCAGAACCUUUGUGGGCCCAACGGGCUACUUCGUCGGAUGAACAGCACAGUCUUGCUCGUCUCAAAUGCAUAUCAGUUUUUCGAGCACGCAGAUGAAGUCGUGGUUCUUGGACAUGGCAGAAUCGACUAUCAGGGACCUUGGAGUAUGAUCGGCACAAAGGUAGCAGCUGUGGCAAAGUUUUCUCCGUCCAAUGCCAGCAAAGGUGGCGAAAGUAGACCAGAUUUGAUCUCAAUGACCGCUAAGCUGGAACAUACGACGAUGGAGGUUCGACAACAGGAAGAUCAGACACGACCCUUAGGAUAUUCUGCUCUCUACUGCUACUUUCUAUUCAGCACAGCGGUCUAUGCUGUCUGCAUCACCAUUCCACAAUACUGGCUGCGACUGUGGACGCAAUCGGAAGGCAGACACUCCACCAUUUACGUUACUGGCUAUGCUCUAACCUCGAUUCUAUCAUGGGCCUGCACCAGCAGCCAGAUGUGGUCAGUCAUCAUUCUAAUCGCUCCUCAGUCAGGAUUGCGACUUCAUCAACGUCUCUUGGAUAUUGUAUCGAGUGCACCAUUAGCCUUCUUCUCCGACACCGACAACGGGUCAACUUUGCAUCUGUUCAGCCACGACAUUCAAGUCAUCGAUAAACAUUUGCCAGCGGCGAUCCAGAGCGUCUAUUGGACUGCGCCGAUGAUGCUCUUAGAAAUCUUUAAACUAAUCAUGCAGGUGAUACUCCUAUAUCUAGCAGAGCCGUGGCUCAUGAUACCACGGCUAGCUCGCGCGGUGGUAGUCUAUGCCGUUCAGAAAGUGUACCUCAGGACAUCUCAACAACUUCGUUCCCUGGGGCGGGAAGCGAAGGCCAGAGUCCACUCCGACUUCUUGGAGACUGUAGUUGAAGGACUUGAAACGAUAAGAGCCUUCGGGUGGUGUGACGCAGCGACUCGAAGCAACAUCGUAGCCAUCGACAAUGCUCAGCGCGCAGAGUUCCUCCAGCUCUGUGUCCAACGCUGGCUCAACAUCCGAGCUUUCAUAGUCCUUUCUCAAGACCCACUGAUCCUGCACAAUGAGACACUGCGACUUAAUCUCGACUCCGACUUCCUGGCAUCAGACCUGUUACCACACUUCCUAAGUAAACACGAUGCCACAUCUGCAUCUAUCUUCAAGCACAACGUCUCGCACUUUGGAGAACUAUCGUCCGGUCAACGCCAGCUUUUUGCGCUAUGUCGGGCUCUUGUCAAGGCGAGAGUUCUACGAAGGCAGACUGGAUCGAGGCCGGUUGUUCUCCUGGACGAGAUCACAUCGUCUUUGAAUGCUAAUACGGAGAGGACUAUCUACCGCAUCUUAGAUGAUGAGUUUACUGCCAACGGUCACACAGUCGUCAUGAUUGCGCAUCGUCUUGCUGGGCUAGAGCAAUACUUGGUGGAUGGUAGAGAUCAGGCCAUCGUGUUGGCUGAUGGUCGAAUACAGGAAGUUAUCACGGAUCUGAAGAUCGAGAAAUGGGAAUGUCUGGUGGGAUCAAUGGAAUAG